AUGGAUGUACACACACACACACACACACACACACCACGACCAAGCGCACACACACACCACGACCAAGCGCACACACAGACGAUCAAACGCACAGCAAAGGCGGGGCAGGCACGAGAGAGAGAGAGAGAGAGAGAGAGAGCCAUGGAGCCGAAUGACAAGCAAAAGGGGGACAAGACGUUAAAGAUCGAGGCCAGUGUGUGCGUGUCAAACCCCCCACGCACAGUGGUAAGCGACAAGGAAAGCGACAUCCGUGUUUGCAAAUGCCAGUCAACGCCAGUGAACGCGCGGUCGAAGCGCCUCCCGGGGCUGCCGUUUCACUUGGAAACACACACACACACACACACACACGAUGUACCCUUGCAAAUGCAUUUGGGCGAAUGCACAACACCAGAGGAGCCAUGCACACGAGGGCGCGUAGAGGCGACCAUGCCCAAAGGGUUUGUACAGAUACAGGUACAUACACUUGUCAACGGACACGAGGCGCGCUGCCGUUUCAGUCAAGCGCGCGCCGUGUCUCUCUCUCUCUCUCUCUCUCUCUCUCUCUCUCUCUCUCUCUCUCUCUCUCUCUCUCUCUCUCUCUCUCUCUCUCCUCUCUCUCAUCUCUCUCAAGCUCUCUCUCUCUCUCUCUCUCUCUCUCUCUCUCUCUCUCUCUCUCUCUCUCUCUCUAACAGACACGCCAAACCUCUCUCUCUCUCUCUCUCUCUCUUUUGCACUGAUGUUUUGAAAUCUCAUGCCACGCCCAUUGCUUUCUACAGACCGUUAGCCAUGGCCAAGUCCAAGAACCACACCGCCCACAACCAGAACUACAAGGCCCACCGUAACGGCCUCAAGAAGCCCAAGACCAAGCGCUUCCCCGCUCUCAAGGGCAUGGACCCCAAGUUCCUCCGCAACAUGCGCUUUGCCAAGAAGGGCAACGUGCGCGCGGCCCAGGAGCAGAAGGCUUAAGUUGGUGGUGACACACUCUUGUCUCCAAACCAGACUUUUGUGACUCUUACAGCCAUAUAGGGUGCACAAGGGAGGAUCAGAUCCCGUUGGACCCGUCCUCUUGCUCCCGGGGCGGUGUCUUCUUGACCCGUCUCAAAUCGCUUCCCCUUGCUCUCCUUCUCUCCCAACCCCGUGGUCUUGAUGACUUGACUCGAAAACUCUUUU